CAUUAAAAUAUGAAUAAAUGCAAAAUAAAUUUUGCUAUAAUUCCCCUCAAGGCUCAAAGUAGCGAGUAUAAAGGCCAAACCAGUCAAGCUCACACUACUCUCCCAACACUUUUCUCCACACACAUCACCAAUCGCCACAUCGAAAACUCCGUCCCGCCCUCCGCCACCAUGCAAGCUCUCCAGCCCGCCGCCCUACGCCCCUCCCCCCUCGACCCCCUCCGCACACGGCGUUAUUCGUCCGCUAUCCCAAGCGGCAGUGCCAGGACGCCGACCAGGAGGUUCCCCUUCAAAGUCUCCGCGUCCGCCCCCGCCGUCUCAGCCCCCAAGCGCGAGACGGACCCCAAGAAGCGCGUGGUGGUCACGGGGAUGGGCCUCGUUUCGGUGUUCGGGAACGACGUGGACGCGUACUACGAGAAGCUACUCGCCGGCGAGAGCGGCAUCACCCCGAUCGACCGGUUCGACGCCUCCAAAUUCCCCACGCGGUUCGGCGGCCAGAUCAGGGGGUUCGAGUCCGAGGGUUACAUCGACGGUAAGAACGACCGGAGAUUGGACGAUUGUUUAAGGUACUGCAUUGUUGCCGGGAAGAAGGCGCUCGAGGGUGCUGAUCUGGGGGGCGAUAAGCUCAACAAGAUUGACAAAAUUCGAGCUGGUGUUCUCGUUGGGACAGGAAUGGGAGGUCUUACUGUAUUUUCAGAUGGUGUCCAGGCUCUUAUUGAGAAGGGGCACAGGAAAAUAACUCCAUUCUUCAUCCCGUAUGCUAUAACAAACAUGGGAUCGGCUUUGCUCGCAAUUGAUCUUGGGCUGAUGGGGCCAAAUUAUUCGAUUUCAACUGCUUGUGCCACCUCAAAUUACUGCUUCUACGCAGCUGCAAACCACAUUCGUAGGGGUGAAGCUGAUUUGAUGAUUGCUGGCGGAACUGAAGCCGCCAUUAUUCCAAUAGGAUUGGGAGGUUUUGUUGCUUGCAGAGCUUUGUCUCAGAGAAAUGAUGACCCCAAAACUGCUUCUAGACCCUGGGACAAAGAUCGAGACGGUUUCGUUAUGGGCGAAGGUGCUGGAGUCUUGGUUAUGGAAAGCCUGGAACAUGCAAUGAAAAGAGGCGCACCCAUAAUCGCAGAGUAUUUGGGAGGUGCAGUAAAUUGUGAUGCUUAUCACAUGACGGAUCCCAGAGCCGAUGGACUCGGUGUCUCUUCUUGUAUCCAUAGUGCCCUUGAAGAUGCUGGUGUUUCCCCAGAGGAGGUUAACUACAUUAAUGCCCACGCAACCUCCACUAUAGUGGGAGAUCUAGCCGAGUUAAAUGCUAUUAAGAAGGUAUUCAAUAACACCUCAGAGAUAAAAAUCAACGCAACUAAGGUUUUAGUUUUGUACAGCUGUCUUGCUUGUUCAAUGAUAGGACACUGCCUUGGUGCUGCUGGUGGUUUGGAAGCCAUUGCGACAGUGAAAGCCAUUACAACAGGAUGGCUUCAUCCCACAAUAAAUCAAUUUAACCCAGAGCCUUCUGUUGAGUUCGACACCGUUGCAAACAAAAAGCAGGAGCAUGAAGUCAAUGUUGAUCCGUCGUUGUUCUCCUCCCCCAGUGAUGAUAGCCUUCGAAUUAACUGUGAGCUCAGACAAAACAAUCUCCCAAAUUUGCACAAUUUCAUCCGUGCUCAAGGGCAAAACGAUCCCACCAUUAAAAUCCCUAAGUUUUUCCUCUCUUUCCUUGUGCUCAAGGGCAAAACGAUCCCACCAUUAAAAUCCCUAAGUUUUUCCUCUCUUUCCUUCACCAUGGCUCGAAAUCGAUCGAGGAUUAGGGACAGCAGCGGCUUCAUCCCAACACCAUCGCCAUGGAUUUGCAGGUUCGCCGGAAGCCGCAAUUCACGCGUGAACAAGGGUCGCCGGAAUUCUUCGCGAGAUGGAGGCGGCGCUGGGCAGCGACUCAAGGCGUGGGAGGAGAGCGGGUUGUGGCGUUGCUGGGGUCCACUCGGAGGAUACUCGCCGGCGAGAGGCUCGCGGCAUCAGAUUUGCAGAGACUGCGCGGCGGAGGGGCUCGCCGGCGAUUGGUCUGCGCGUCGCUCGGAGGAUGGCGAAGGAGGAGAUGACGAGAUGAUGGUGAUGGUGUCGCGGCGCACCUGGGUGGUCGCAGCUUGGAGAUCGGCGGCGUGUGUUUCUUUAUUUUGUCCCAUCCAUUAUCAUCGGUACACGCCGAGUGGGGCUUUCGUAGUUUUGUUCACCACUCUCACUCCCACCAACAAUCCACGCGCCGCUGCAGUUUGCUCCUCCGGCCGCCGCCAUAGCGUCGGCACUAUGUUGACGAGAAGCUCCACGAGGUCCAGAAACUCCUCCUCGGCUUCAACUUCCACCAAAACCAAUGGUGAGAUUGCUCCGACGGUGAAUUCUGUGAACAUGAAGAAGUCUGGGCGGAGGGCCAAAGCCGCCGCGAAAAAAAGGCCAGCGAAAAUCGACUCCAUUAAACCUAAAAAGCCUCCCACGGCUUUUUUCUAUUUCAUGGAGGAUUUUCGUAAGGAUUUUAAAGAGGAAAAUCCAGAUAUUAAGUCAAUGCGCGAUGAAAAGGUGCAAUACUACGAUAUUGCCACAGAAAAACGAGCAGAGUUCGAUCUUGCUAUGACAGAAUUCAUUAAAAGAAAGGAAUGUGGGGAGUUUGAUGAGGAUGAUUCAUACUUCGGUGAUGACUCAGAUUUUGAUGGAUAAAAUUUGUAGUAAUGGUACAUGUAGCUUGUAAUUGUAGAUGUUACCUUUUUUCUAACUUUGCAUCUGUGUAAUUUAUUGUGCAAUAGUAUUUAGUAUUUAC